CCGCUCUCCUGGGCGAGCUGUGGGCGUGGCAGGCGGCGUUAUUGGCCGCUUGGCGGCUAGGGGCGGAACCCGGCGGCAGUGGCCGCCCGGGGCUGGGGUCUGUCUCGGCGGCUGCAGCGGAAGUCUCGCGAGGGAGCGUAGCCGGGAUUUGGCGGCUGGCUGCCUCCCUCUCGCUGGCUGCGAGGAGCUGGUGUUUGUGUGGAAGGGGGAGGAGGAGGCGAAACGAGAGGAUCCCGAGCCUCACCAUCCGCCGAGGGGAGCGGACCAGAGUCCCCUCGCCACCCGCGGAGCUUUCUCUCCUCUUCGUCCCGCCAUGGCCUCGGGAGACACCUUGUACAUCGCCACGGACGGCUCGGAGAUGCCGGCCGAGAUCGUGGAGCUACAUGAGAUCGAGGUGGAGACCAUCCCAGUAGAGACCAUCGAGACCACCGUGGUUGGCGGUGAGGAGGACGAGGAAGAGGAGGACGAGGACGAGUGCUGUGAAGAGUGCGGCCCGCAUCACCCACCCCAUCACUACCACCACCACCAGCCCAUGAUCGCACUGCAGCCGUUGGUUUCGGACGGGGACCCUAGUGGGGCAGGCGGCGGCGCGGCUGGAGGCGGCGGGGGACAGCUCCAUCUGCACCACCACCACCAAGAGGUGAUUCUGGUGCAGACCCGCGAGGAGGUGGUAGGGGGAGACGACUCAGACGGACUGCGGGCUGACGAUGGCUUCGAGGACCAGAUCCUCAUCCCAGUGCCGGCCCCCGCCGGGGAGGACGAGUACAUUGAGCAGACCCUGGUUACUGUGGCCGCUGCCGGCAGCAAGAGCGGAGGCGGCGGCUCCUCUUCGGCCGGCGGAGGAGGUCGCGUUAAGAAGGGCGGCAGCGGCAAGAAGAGCAGCAAGAAGAGUUACCUGAGCGGGGGAGGCGGUGGUGGGGCCGAGGGCGGCGGCGGCAGGAAAUGGGAACAGAAGCAGGUGCAGAUCAAGACCCUGGAGGGGGAGUUCUCGGUCACCAUGUGGGCCUCAGAUGAUAAAAAAGAUAUUGACCAUGAAACAGUGGUGGAAGAGCAGAUCAUUGGAGAGAAUUCUCCUCCAGAUUACUCGGAGUACAUGACAGGGAAGAAACUUCCUCCUGGUGGGAUACCUGGCAUUGACCUCUCAGACCCCAAACAGCUGGCUGAAUUUGCUAGAAUGAAACCAAGAAAAAUUAAAGAAGAUGAUGCUCCACGAACGAUAGCUUGUCCUCACAAAGGCUGCACAAAAAUGUUCAGGGACAACUCUGCCAUGAGGAAGCAUCUGCACACUCAUGGCCCUCGGGUACACGUAUGUGCAGAAUGUGGCAAGGCCUUUGUGGAGAGCUCAAAACUAAAGCGACAUCAGCUAGUUCAUACUGGAGAGAAACCCUUUCAGUGUACAUUUGAAGGAUGUGGAAAGCGUUUUUCACUGGACUUCAAUUUACGCACACACGUGCGAAUUCAUACUGGCGACAGGCCCUAUGUUUGCCCAUUUGAUGGCUGCAAUAAGAAGUUUGCGCAAUCAACUAACCUGAAAUCUCACAUCUUAACACAUGCUAAGGCCAAAAACAACCAGUGAAAGUUGGAGGAGAAAAAUUCUUGAACUCAAAAGCAUCUUACAGGAAUAUGAAUUGGAAAUAAAUAUUGCCUCCCCUUUGUAUAUUGUUUCUAGGAAAGAAUUUUAAAAAGAACCCUACAAACCUAAAGGACGUGUUUUGAUAAGUAGUAAAUAAAAAGCAAAAAAAAAAAAACCCACAAAAAAAAAACUUUAAGGUGACGUUGCUAAGAUGCUCUACCUUGCUCUGUAAUCCCGUUUCAAGAACACGGUGUUUUGUAAAGUGCGGCCCUAACCGGAGGGGUCAGUUCAUGAACUUGCAUCCAAAAAAGACAAUUCUUUAUACAACAGUGCUAAAAUUGGACUUCUUUUCACGUUCUUAUAAAUAUGAAGCUCACCUGUUGCUUACAAUUUUUUUAAUUUUGUAUUUUCCAAGUGUGCAUAUUGUACACUUUUUGGGGAUAUGCGUGGUAAUGCUAUGUGUGAUUUUACUGGAGGUUGAUAACUUGGCUGGAGAUAGAUUUUCUUUAAAAGAAUGGGCAGUUACAUGCAUACUUCAAAAGUAUUUUCCUGUAAAAAAAAAAAAAGUUAUAUAGGUUUUGUUUGCUAUCUUAAUUUUGGUUGUAUUCUUUGAUGUUAACACAUUUUGUAUAAUUGUAUCGUAUAGCUGUAAUGAAAUCAUGUAGUAUCAAAUAUUAGAUGUGAUUUAAUAGUGUUAAUCAAUUUAAACCCAUUUUAGUCACUUUUUUUGGAGAAAUACUGCCAGAUGCUGAUGUUCAGUGUGAUUUCUUUGCCUGUUCAGUUACGGAAAGUGGUGCUCAGUUGUAGAAUGUAUUGUACAGGCAAUGACCGUUUAUUAAACACCUGAUAAUAUGUACAUCCCAUGUAUUAGAAAGGGCAACAAUAAAACAGUGGUCCUAAAGAAAGAAUAUGGCAGAAAAUGAUCUGUAAGGACAGUCUUAUUUUCUUGUGUUGUCCAGAGCAGUCCUAGUUCCUCCUGACCUCCCAGAAAUUGGAAGCUAAAUAAACUCAAGUUUCCUUUUGCAUUGCAUUCAAUUACAAUGAUUUGUGAUGAACUCACAUAAUACCACAUCAGAUGGUGCACCUAAACAGAAUUGCUGACUCUAGUUCUGGUUUUGAGUGAUUUAGACUUCUAGUAACUGGAAUGAUGAGUUUGGAAACUUGACAGCGUAGUGGGGAGUUUUCAGCGUGCCUGGACAACAACUAGGUAAAAAAGUAUAGUAAAUAACUAAAACGGGCACCUUUGUUUAGUCAAGGUAAGUGUUCUUGGAGGUUUAAAUGCCAUAGCAACAGAAGGUGAGGAAAUAGUAGGAUUUGAGUCCACCAAAUAUUUAACAAAGGAAAACCAAUCAAAAAUUGUCUUUUACUUUUGGCUGACUUGUUUAACAAUGAACAUUCUUGGAACAUUACGGGAAACUUUAUUUCACAACAGGAACUCUGAGUUUUCAGAAUUUGGACUUCUGGUGGUCUAGCUAAAAGUCAUUACUACUCAUUUGUUCAGGUGUUUCAAGUAGGAAACUUGCAGUAAAAGAUGACUGAUUAACACACAUAAGAAUAUGCACGGAAAACCACAAGUAUGAUUUGGAGGGAUGUGACAUUUUAUUGGAGUAAAAGCUUGUUAACCUUUUUCCAAAUUCCGUUCUUGCAAGGUUCAUCAAAUCUUUCAUUGCUAAUACUGUAAAACUUAACGAGUCCACAUUUGGUUUCAGUGGAGAAAAAAAAACCAAAACCUGGAUAGCAACAAAGCUACUCUUAAACCCAAGGGAAUUUUCAUCCAUAUAUGAGUUAAUCUGAACACUGCAGAUGUAGUCUGGGGGUAGCAGGGGUAGAAAGAUGGGGCGUUUAAUUGUAAAGUAUGUAUUAGAAUUUUGGCAGAUUGUUUUUUUUUUUUUUGUUUUGGGUUUUUUUUAUAUAUAUAAGCAGUUCUUGAACAGGACAAUAUACUGAAAAUUGUAUAGUUAAAUUAAAUUCUGUAUACAGCUAAAUUAGUGACUGUUCUUUUCAAAGGAAAUAAAAUGAGUUCAGUCUAGUUCUAA